ACAGAGCCACCGGGCUGGGGACAGUGGAGCGGAGGCUGAAAUCCCCAGACGCCGGUUUUCUGGGCUGGGCUUUCUGCCUUACUCACUCAUUCUCCCUCUUUCUGGAUUUUACCGACCGUUCGCGAAACAGCUUUCCACACAAUGGAGCUUCACCUCCUCGUGCAGGAAGUGCUCAUCGACUGAUAUGGCAGACUUUGCUCCCCGGCAAAACUGAAGAACUCUCCUAUUCAUGGAGGCGAACACUGAGGAUGCUUUCCACAUGAAUCCUGAAGUGAACCUCUGAUACAUUUCCUGUAGCAAGAGAAGGCAGCCAACAUGAAGGAAAAUGUGAUAUCUGCAACUGUUUUCACUCUGCUACUUUUUCUCAACACCUGCCUUCUGAAUGGACAGUUACCUCCUGGAAAACCUGAGAUCUUUAAAUGUCGUUCUCCCAAUAAGGAAACAUUCACCUGCUGGUGGAGGCCUGGGACAGAUGGAGGACUUCCUACCAAUUAUUCGCUGACUUACCACAGGGAAGGAGAGACACUCCUGCAUGAAUGUCCAGACUACAUAACUGGUGGGCCCAACUCCUGCCACUUUGGCAAGCAGUACACCUCCAUGUGGAGGACAUACAUCAUGAUGGUCAAUGCCACUAACCAGAUGGGAAGCAGUUUCUCGGAUGAACUUUACGUGGACGUGACUUACAUAGUUCAACCAGACCCUCCUUUGGAGCUGACUGUGGAAGUAAAACAGCCAGAAGACAGAAAACCCUACCUGUGGAUGAAAUGGUCUCCACCUACCCUGAUUGACUUAAAAACUGGUUGGUUCACGCUCCUGUAUGAAAUUCGAUUAAAACCCGAGAAAGCAGCUGAGUGGGAGACCCAUUUUGCUGGGCAGCAAACAGAGUUUAAGAUUCUCAGCCUACAUCCAGGACAGAAAUACCUUGUCCAGGUUCGCUGCAAACCAGAUCAUGGAUACUGGAGUGCAUGGAGUCCAGCGACCUUCAUUCAGAUACCUAGUGACUUCAUCAUGAAUGAUACAACCGUGUGGAUCUCUGUGGCUGUCCUUUCUGCUGUCAUCUGUUUGAUUAUUGUCUGGGCAGUGGCUUUGAAGGGCUAUAGCAUGGUGACCUGCAUCUUUCCGCCAGUUCCUGGGCCAAAAAUAAAAGGAUUUGAUGCUCAUCUGUUGGAGAAGGGCAAGUCUGAAGAACUACUGAGUGCCUUGGGAUGCCAAGACUUUCCUCCCACUUCUGACUAUGAGGACUUGCUGGUGGAGUAUUUAGAAGUAGACGACAGUGAGGACCAGCAUCUAAUGUCAGUCCAUUCAAAAGAACACCCAAGUCAAGGUAUGAAACCCACAUACCUGGAUCCUGACACUGACUCAGGCCGGGGGAGCUGCGACAGCCCUUCCCUUUUGUCUGAAAAGUGUGAGGAACCCCAGGCCAAUCCCUCCACAUUCUAUGAUCCUGAGGUCAUUGAGAAGCCAGAGAAUCCUGAAACAACUCACACCUGGGACCCCCAGUGCAUAAGCAUAGAAGGCAAAAUCCCCUAUUUUCAUGCUGGCGGAUCCAAAUGUUCAACAUGGCCCUUAAUACAGCACAACCCCAGAUCCUCCUACCACAAUAUUACUGAUGUGUGUGAGCUGGCUGUGGGCCCUGCAGUUGCACCGGCCACUCUGUUGGACGAAGCAGGUAAAGAUGCUUUAAAAUCCUCUCAAACCAUUAAGUCUAGAGAGGAGGGAAAGGCAGCCCAGCAGAGGGAGGUGGAUAGCUUCCAUUCCAAGACUGACCAAGAUACGCCCUGGCUGCUGCCCCAGGAGAAAACCCCCUUUGGCUCCGCUAAACCCUUGGAUUAUGUGGAGAUUCACAAGGUCAACAACGAUGGCGCAUUAUCAUUGCUACCGAAACAGAGAGAGAACAGCAGCCAGCCCGAGAAGCCCAGGGCUCCUGAGAACAGUAAGGAGUAUGCCAAAGUGUCCGGGGUCAUGGAUAACAACAUCCUGGUGUUGGUGCCGGAUCCGCAUGCUAAAAAUGUGGCUUGCUUUGAAGAAUCAGCCAAAGAGGCCCCACCAUCACUUGAACAGAAUCAAGCUGAGAAAGACCUGGCCAACUUCACUGCGACACCAAGCAAGUGCAGGAUCCAGCUGGGUGGUUUGGAUUACCUGGAUCCCGCAUGUUUUACGCACUCCUUUCAUUGAUAGCUUGACUAAUGGAAUGAUUGGUUAAAAUGUGAUUUUUCUUCAGGUAACACUACGGAGUACAUGAAAUGCUGAAGAAUAUAGUCAGACUGACACUACUAAAGCUCCCAGCUCCUUUCAUGCUCCAUUUUUAACCACUUGCCUCUUUCUCCAGCAGCUGAUUCCAGAACAAAUCAUUAUGUUUCCUAACUGUGAUUUGUAGAUUUACUUUUUGCUAUUAGUUAUAAAAUUAUGUGUUCAAUGAAAUAAAAGCACACUGCUUAGUAUUCUUGAGGGACAAUGCCAAUAGAAGUAUCCUCUGGAAAAGGCUUUCGUGAUUUGGCAUGGGACAGACGGAAAUGAAAUUGUCAAAAUUGUUUACCAUAGAAAGAUGACAAAGGAAAAUUUUCCACAUAGGAAAAUGCCAUGAAAAUUGCUUUUGAAAAACAAUUGCAUAACCUUUACACUCCUCCUCCAUUUUAUUAGGAUUACCCAAAUAUAACCAUUUAAAGAAAGAAUGCAUUCCAGAACAAAUUGUUUACAUCAGUUCCUAUACCUUACUGACACAUUGCUGAUAUGCAAGUAAGAAAUAAUGCCUCCAUUUUUUUCUUAAAAUAGUUUAGAUAUGUUAAGCAUGGAUUUUUCCCCCUAAAUUCUAUUUUAAAGCCUCUAUAGAAUAUAGUUUGGAAAUUAAAAUUUUCUUACACAAGGGACAGAUGAAUUUCAUGUGAAUCCUUUUAGGAUGUUUUCCUGCUUCAUUUCAGCAUAAUAGGUAAUUUAUUAUACACCUUAGUCUUUUCUUAGUUAAAAAAAAAAUACCCUAAAGACUAACUUUAAAAGAAAACCACAGCAGGAUGCUAAUGGAAUUACUGCCUUACUGUACAUACAAAUUCUACUUUAAUACAAACCCAUAAGUUUAACAAUGUAUUUUUGAAGACUAUUUUUCUAUAACUUAGGUAAAAUAAAAGACUAUUUUCUAUCUUCCCAGUACAGCUGUUUACGUAUUCAGUGGGUAAAGUAUUUUCUGCUGCGAGGUUAUAAUGUGUAUUUACAGUACAUAGUAGUAUAUGCAGUUCCCAUUUGUGGAGUAAAAUGCCAUACCAACCCAAAGCCCACUGUGAAAUAUGAAGUGAAUGACAAAAUUCAGUUUCCAACACAAUGUAGUAUGGUUUAUCUGAUUCUUUUUAUCUCCAGGACACUUUAAACGACAACUACCACCACCACCAACCUAGGGAUUUAGGAUUCUCCACAAACCAGAAAUUAUUUCUCCUUUGAGUUUCAGGCUCCUCUGGGACUCCUGUUCAUCAAUGGGUGAAUCUUCCUAAAGCUACCAUAAAAAGGGAGAGCGACGAUUUCUAACAGCUGUUUUAAAGAGAGAGGUUUUGUUUUUGUGAGAAAUCUUGAGCCACAAAAAAAUUUUAAGCAAAGCCAGGAGUUAGUGGUUCUCUGAAGUAAAUUCAACUGCAAAAUCUUGGCAGAGGCAGAAACAGCUCAUAUCAGAAGUGUCCAAAUAAAAGUUCUGGGAAACUAGGUAUUUGUAUAGCAAUGGAAAUAGCUCCAAAGGUCAGAGUGUGGUAGUGAGAAUCUCCCAGUCAGUUCCAAUGCCAGGCUUCCUGAAAGAAGUCAAAGCUUGGAUCUUCAUUUUAAAGGGUGCAUCCAUGACUCAUCUAACACCCUCCCUCUAUUUUUCCCUUCACUUGAUGGUAAAUCUAUUCUAUGUGUCCAUUUACUAGCUGGACAUAGAGAACUCGAGCUCACCUCUGGGAGUCAAAUAUUCCCAACUAGCUCAUAUUGAUAGCAACUGGACUCAGAGGUCUCCCCCUGGCCCCGUUUGAAAGUGAACACAUUGCCAAUGUUUUGAGAAUGUCAAAAGCAAUAGAUAUGAAGCUCCAUUUUCCUAACAUAUGAAAAAUAUCAUGUGAGUAAGGGAAGCAUGUGGGAAAGUUGUCCAAGCUCAUUCAGUCCCCUAAAUCCUCAAUACUUAAACAGUCUGAGAACCAACUGCAUAGGCAUCACUUGGGCAGUGUUUGAAAAUUCUGUUUGCAGAAUCUUAGGCCUUAUCUCUAACCUAAAGCAUCAGAAUCUGCAUUUUACUAAGAUCCCCAAAUGAUUCAAGUGCACACUGAAGUUUGAGAAGCACUGUUCUAGACAACCAUUUCCACUAUUUUAGUGCAUAGUAACAAUCUUCUUUUGGAAAGGACAGAUCAAGUCUGUUUGACUUGCAAUGAACAACACUGCAGGUAAGAAGACAAAAAAAGAAGCAUAUCAGUAGUUUAAGAUUCCCAUUAUGCUGAAUCUUAUGUGAAUUCACAUAAAAGAAUGACCUGCAAAAGGAUGCACAACUUCUGAAAGGCCAAGGAAUAUAGUCUACCUUGAGAGGCAUUAACCAAAGACAGUCACCCUCAAAGCCAAUGCAGACUAAACCUUUCCUAACAUAGUCUAUUCUUCUCUAAGAAUAGAGAAGAUAUGUAUCAGUCACUCUUAAAGUCUGAAAACCUAAACAUAAAAGUAAUCUGCUUUUGACAGAUAAUUUUUUAUAAUACAUAUUAAAAACUGUGACAGCUAAGGACUUGAAUUAAAUCCCUAAAAAACACCAAUUAGCCACUCAUCAAACCAAGACUUUAAUUCUGUGAUCAGUUGGCACUGUUUAUCUGAAUUAAGCUUUUUUGUGGUCUAACAAAAAGGUUUUUUUGUGGUCUAUCAAGGACACAGCUGUUCAAAUGGAAGGAUACAUGUGGGGCGGGGGACAGUCAAGAGACCUGGAUUCUGGUCCUAACUGCUUUGCCUUGGAGAGAUUAAUUCCCCUCUCUAAGCCUCAGUUUCCUCUGAAGAUGUUGGACCAGAUAACCUCUAAGGUCCUUUGAAACUGACUCCUGGAUUCCAUGACUCACUGAAUAUUUUUCUGCAAAAAUAAUUCCAACCAAUGCCUUCUAUCUUAAUCUAACAAAAAAUUGCUCUUCGUCAUAGAAAUACAAAGUAAUCUUUAGUGAUGUGCUCUUUAUACUUUGCUUUUUAAACCGUCAGUUCCAGUUAGUCUUAAUAUAUUGCAUGUGCAUUUUAUAAGUGAUAUGUAUACAGAAUCAUAUUCUAAGAUUAUGUGCAAAUAUAUGUGUAGAAAGAGGCAUUAAAAAAAGAGGCAGGAGAUUGAAAAGAGACAUAUUGAAGGAGGCACUAAUCUUUAGAAAAAUGAUCUUUCACUGAAUCAAGCCAUGCUCAUUCCUUGCUGAAUCCAACAGCCCCAAAUCUGUUUUCUUAUAUCUGGCUGUUAGUUUUUUUCCUCGCACCUUCCUAGAUUAUUAACAACCGUUGCGCAGUUGGCUCAUGGGUCCUUACACUCUGAGUUAUAGUAAGUUGUAUUUUUAUAAACAAAUACCUAAAUAUUCAAGUUUUAAGGCGCAUGGAAACUGAAUCUAGGCAAUGGGUGAUUUGUGUAGCUUACAACCCAAACAGCAAAAGGUUCCGAUUCGUUCUAACAGAUGUGUAUAAGCACAAGUUAGUAUCCGCUGUGUCAGAUAUUUAACAGAUCCUACAUUUAUUAGCUAUUUAACAGACUCUACAUUUUCCUAAGUGCCUAAGACCAAUCCUGGUAGUCACUUAAGUACAAAAGACUCACUUUAACUGGCUUGAUCUGAAGGGGUCAAUCCUCUACUGCCUACACAAGAUCUGGGCGGUUUUGCUGUGUGUCUUGUGAUGACCCAGCUGAAUGUGAAAAGCCUGUGAGUUAUUGAGCAACCAGAGGCCCCUGCAUUCCAAGAAGCAGUUUGGCUCUGGGGAAACUCUGGCUUUCUCCUUCCUCAAGUGUCCACCACUGCCCAUCAUUUGCAGAAAGACUUGGCCCUGCCUUUAGCAACUUCCCUAUCUCCUUAGAGUAGACAAGAAAGAAACAGAUUUGUGCACAUUUUACAAAGUGCCUUCCUCUAGUUUUAUUUUUUUUUUUAAGUUUUCAUUUUUCAAGGAAAAAUGUAUUGAUUAGAAAGUAACAUUUGCCUUGUAGGGAGAUAGAUAGAUAGAUAGAUAGACAGACAGAUAGACAGAUAGAUGAGAAGAAGCCAGAAAGGGCACAACAAAAUGCUCUAAGGGUCAACCAGCAAAUGUUCAGUGAAUGUUUACGUAUUGUUUAAUUGAAUCAACACAGAGCUGUUGUGAAUAGUGUGACUUACUUUGCCCGAUAAGAAAUUGAGUCUGGCUGUAAUUUGGGGAUAAAUCUGCCACGCUGUGAUUUGAGACUCUUCAUACCAAAACAUAUUGAUACAUUUUUGAAUGUCUUUGGCUUACAUGCCUAAACCUGAAGAGAACAAUGCAUGUACAUUGGAACUUUGCACACAAACAGAAAAAUAUAAAUGGCUUUGAAUUACCAUCCCAAGUGUUGCUAACAUAGAUGUGCCAUUGAUGAAAGUCUCAUGUGUUCUUGAGUGAACAAAUUUCCUUUUCUGCCUUUUUGGCUCAAGCACAAUAAUACUGUCACUAAGACAGUGACUGAGCACUCAAUGUUCAGGACUAAAUCACAUUGCCACAACUAAGCAGGCUCUCUGUCCUGGGAUGUCUUCUAAAAUCUGAACAUCAGGUUCCUUACUUGUUAAAUAAGUGGGUUGGCCUAAAAGGUUUCUAAGACCUCUCAUGAUCUAGGUGAAAUCCAGGGUUUCAGGUCAGUGUCCCUGGUGCAGUGCAAGAAAGCCUUGCUGACGUGCCCUUGGCCUGAAGCAGAGAGCACGUGAAACUGUGUGACAAUUCUUAAGAGAAAAACACAGAUCUGUUCCUCCAAGUCAGAUUGAUUUAACAUCCUUGCUUUUCCUUUUCCUUCCUAGCUUUACGUAUUUAUAGGGUUUUUACUUCUUCUCCAGAGCCUACUAUUUUUCCUAAGAGUUAGUAGCAACCAUAGGAUCCACAAGAAAUGAAAUUAUUCAUAAACAAUGACUUCGGCACUGCAAAAGACUGAGUCAAAGGUUAAAUCAGUCACACAGCUAUCCAAGGCCAAGUUGAAGAUCACAAGUAUAUCCCAUUUAGAGAUUUGCAUGCUUGGAGACUAAGCCCACAUUCAUUAAUUAUUUAGUUAAUUCAAAGGCCAUUAAUAAAUCCAUGCCCAGCCUGGGCAACAUAGUAAGACCCAGUCUCUACAAAAAUUUUAAAAAUUAGCCAGCCAUGGUGACACGUACCUGUAGUCCUAGUCACUUGGGAAUCUGAAGCCAGAGGAUUGCUUGAGCCCAGGAGAUUGAGGCUGCAGUGAACCGUGAUUGUGUCACUGCACUCCAGCCUGAGUGACAGAGCAAGACCUUGUCUCAAUAAAUAAAUAAAUCCAAGCUACUUUCAUGACUAGAUACUGGAGGUCUUAAGGAGAAGCUUUAAAAAUACAGAUUGAUUGCUUCAGAGAAAUCCUAUUUAUAAUUAUGAUCUGAACUUAUUCUAUGAUUAGCAAAUAUAUCAUCUGAAAAUAAAACAGGAGCUCUCUCCCCAGAUUUUUGUUUUUCAGGAUGGUGAGUUUUGGUCUAGGACCCUCAUGGCACCCAUUUCAAUAAAAGGAAAAAGAUAGUAAAAUAGGAAAUAGGAAGUUUCCAGAGAGAUCUGGGCAUCUCAGGAUUCCAGGAAAUGCUGAGACUAACCCACUAAAUCCAAAUUUUAUUGGAUAUGGCAAAUCUAAAUAUGUUCAGUGUUCUGAACAGAUUUUAUGAGUUUAUGUCCAAGAGAGGUACAUAAUUCACAAACACUAUCAUGCUGGCAGCUGUUUUAUCCACAUCAAUUCCCCUGAUUUAAUGCUCUGUUUUCAAUUUAGAAAGUAUUGAGACACGUAAAGUCUCAAAACAGGAAAAACCUAUCUUGUUUAUAAGGUGUGGUCGAUAAAUAGACCACAGAUAACCUUAGUCUAUUAAUUAACUCUCAGAUAAUCUUCAUCUACUCAUUAACAUUCUACUUGCUGCUGAUUAAAAAGAAAGAAACCCUAAAACCUUCAGCAACUGAAGUAGUAAUAUAAAAAAUAACCUUUACUAGUUAUGGUCAAAUUAGGCUUCACUUGGAUAAACCUCAAAAUGUAGUCUGAGUUUUUUUGUGCACACUUUACAAAUCCUGAGGAAAAAAUCCUUUUUCCUUGUUAUCUGAAAAACUAUAUGGUGAAGAUACUUCUGAAAAAUAAUUUGUUUUAUGAAAUUCCUGAAAAGCUAAUUGUGAAUUUUUUAAAGUAACUACCUCCCCUUUGUGUCCUAAUGUCCUUCCUUCAAAGCUGCAUAGAGUUUAGAAAUGAAAGAUGUCACGUCUCAUGUUUUGACUGGUUUUUGGUGGCAUAUUUGAUGUAUUUGCCAAGUGGCAUUCCUGACUUCACAGUAACUGUUACAUUAUUUAGUACUAUAUUGCUUUAUGUGGUUCAAAAAUAGUAUACGCCAUACUGAAAUAUGUAAUCCUCAUGUUGUGAAACUCAUCAUGUAAUACAAAUGAAAAUCAUUACUUAAUAACUUACAAUUUAUCCAUAUGUAGUUGCAAUAUUAUUGUGUCUAUGACUGUAAAAAAAACUGAAAAAAUAUGUAAUGUAUUUCUGUUGAAACGGUGAAUGUACUAAUUUUUUUCUUAAUCUUUGUCUAGAAGAAGGAUUCUAUGUCAUUCAUUGUACAGCUGCUCUAGGGUGUUACACAUUUAAAGUACAAUCCAACAGUUGUUUAAAAGUCAACCUCUCGGCUUUGUUUCCUGUGACUGCUGAAGCUUCUCAAGUGUUCUUUGUGUAAUGAGGCUUGCUUUUGUGCUUCAUCAUUCAUUUUAAACAAUUGAAAAGUCUCAUGUGGAAACCAAAGCAAUCUAGAACCAGCCUGUUGGGUGACUGUGUCUUCUGUAAAGCCAUAUUGAAGUGAAGCUAUAUGUAAUAGCAUAAGGUUCCAUAUUUUCAAAGCUACCACUACCUCUGCUUUUCCUCUUUCUCUAGAAAAUGCCAAGCAAAAUUCCCCAACACUAAGUGAGAAAUUAGAAGUAAUUGUUAUAAUUAAGUUGCUGGGUAUAUAUAUAUAUAUAUAUAUACACACACACACACACACACACAUAUAUUAGAGGUAAUUGUUAUAAUUAAGUUGCUGGGUGUAUAUAUACACAUAUAUAUAUACACACACACACAUAUAUAUACACCUUCUAAUUCAUCACUUUGCAGGGUUAUGCGAGAGUUUCUGAAUAACCAUUCUUACAUUUUUACAUUUCAUAAAAACUGGCUGCAAGAAAGGUUCAGAAAGAAUACUUAGUACGUCAUCAGAUGAAAAACCAGAAAAACCAUAGAGUGCAGAUUUUUUCCUAACUAUAAGUCACCUCAUAGUUGUCCAAAGCCAUGAUAAUGAUAUCUCUUACAAAUUGACUUCUGUAACCCCCCUAGAAAUAAUCCUUUUCCUUAUUUGAUUUUAGCCAUCAAACAUAGUAUGAUAUGGGAAAAGUCAGCCAUUUACCAGGAAUAAUCUUGUUUUGAUUUUAAAAACUCAUUUCUGUAUGUAGUUAUUGUAAUGUCUAUUUUUUUAGACUUAAAGAUUUAUAGAAGACUAUAGUUAUCUGAUUUGUUAUUUGGCAUUUUUCAUUCUGUAAAUCUUUGCUUGUGGCACAUUGUGCUCUCUGUUUUCCAUGGGUUUAUUCAUUUGUCUCCUUCUAUUUUGAGGGGACAACAUGGGUAGUUAAAUCUUUGUCAAUAGAUUGGAGAUAAUGCUAACUGCUAUCAUAACAUCUUCAUUUUCAUUGCAUGCCAAAAACAAUGCCUGCCAAACAAAAUCUUAGACAUCCCAAUAUAAUGUGUUCAUUAUAUUUCUAUUCACAUCAUUAUUGAAAAUACCCAGCUCAGUGCCUGGCUUAAUAAAUGCUUAAUUCCCUUACCUACUCUUGCCCUAUUUUUUUAUUUGAAAUGGAGAUGAGCAAAAUAACACAUUCAUGGCUGAAGCAUUUUUUUGGACAUUGCUUGUUGCUAAAAGAUCUAUAAUCAGGACGUUGUUUAUGUAAGUGGGACAAAAAAAGUUCUUCCCCUCUAUGUCCACCCUUCCAUAUGAUUGCAAGACAAAAUUUCCCUCCUUUACCUCAUCCCUAUAGCAUGGGAGCCUGAGAAAAAUGAGGGGAGAUGGAACCAGAUAUAAGGAGAUCCAAUAAGAGAAGCUUAUUUAAAUAUUGUGAAAUAAUGGAAAAACCAAAGCAUUUUUUUAAGUGGGGAAUCCUUUUGAACAGUUAUUAUUUAUUCAUAUUGCUAACAACAGUUUUUCUGACAAAAUCCAUCAGAUGAAGUGCAAAUGGAUAAUCUUUUAAUGGAUCUAGAACUAGAAAGUUUCACUUACUGUUCAUGUUUGUGUUGUAGAAUUGUGAAAUGGUGUGUGAUUUUGCUUUCCAAGUUCUUCUCUGCCCCCUCUUAAUUCUCUAAUGCCAUGUCUUACAGAAGAAUGAGAAAUUUCUUUCUUACUUGAGUAUCAUGCUCUAAAAAACUUGGCUUCAGUCAAAGAAGUGCUAGCUCUCCUGUGCUUAUAUUGAAGCCAUCUGCCUUUAAUUCUUGGGUCCUCUUACAUUUUUAAGGUGCAAAAUUUGAAGUCUCAGUCACCAGACACAGGAUCUAUACAAUUAAUGGUAGGCUGGAGAAGUAAUAUGUAACUAAUUUUUCAAAAGCAUUGAAUAUACUUUCCCGAAAGAAAACAGAAAUUAAAUAUUGCCACAUCUUGCCAGAUUCCCAUCUGACACUUUAACCUUGUCAGGUUUCCUACAACUUACUAAUCAAGUUUUAUACCUUGUAAAUCUCCCCAGUUUUUUGGCGGCUGAAAGAUGCAACUUCCAUUUAAUAGAAAUUUUGAAAUGUUGGGGUAAGGGAGCAGUGGGGGGACGGGGGAGAAGGAUGAGAAAUGGAAUUAUUGAAAAGCCCCCAACAGGGACCUUCCUUGCCAGAAUAUGCAGAAUAAUUCCUGCUGGCUUUACCUUUGAAAGUCCCUUAAAACCAUGCAGAUGAAACUGAGCCUGUUUUUGAUACUGGCAGAUGCAUUCUACUUUGGAGGUCCCAAUACCUAAACUGGAAUUCUUGUAUCUACAUCUCCUCCACCAUCCCCCACACCACCCCUCAAUUCCUGUUGCCCCUGCUAAUGUUAAGCAUUUUUCUCUUGUUAUGAUCAGGUUCACAUUAAAAACAGAUACUUACAAACUGACUUGAAGCACAGAUACUUUUACAAAUGUGAUAAAAUAUUUUCUUAAGAAAAAGAAAGAGGAUGUCGGUCAAAUAAAACACUACGUGGAUGUUGAUUGGUGAACACUGGUGUAAGAAAAGGUAGCUCAGGAAUUUUUAUUACUGUAUUUGUAAAUGAGUUUGAAAGAAUUUGUAAAUGCCACUGGUACAUUUUUAAGGUGACACAUUUGCUCCUUGUAAAGUUAUUAAAAAUUACAGGGUAAGCUUAAAUGACAUUUGCAGUAGUUUUACUUUACAUAAUCAAUAUUGAUAUUGUUGCUGAACUAUGUAACUUUAUGAUGCAUUUUUCAGUCCCUUUUCAGAGCAAAUGCUUUUGCAAUGGUAGCAAUGUUUAGUUUAAAUUGACUUAAUAAAUUAUUACCUGAGCAA